UUAUUCAUUUAUUAAUUGUCAUUCUGUUUUUUUUUUCCCUCCAUUGCUUUCUCUGUAAUUCAGAAUCAAUCAGCUUGGAAAAUUUGAAAGAUUUGGGACGAAAUCUGGUCGGAUCUUGCAUUGCGGGUGUGGAUUUUGAUGGGUCUUAUUUCAACACAAAUUCUUUCUCUUUUUCACCUCCUCCCAUAGAACCAGAACAACUGAAAAAGAAAAUUACCCAACCCCAUCCUCAGGAAAAAAAGAACAAAGAACUUUCUCAAUCUCAACUCGAUUUCAUUUCUCUCGAAACAUAUUCUAUCUCUGGUUUUAGGGAUUGGAUCUUGAAAUUGAAAAAUAGGCAUGGCAGCAGAGUCACAGUUUCAUGUUCUGGCAGUUGAUGACAGCCUCAUAGACAGAAAGCUUAUUGAGAGGCUACUUAAAACCUCUUCAUGUCAAGUUACUACAGUCGAUUCUGGCAGUAAAGCUUUAGAAUUUCUGGGUUUAUAUGAAGCAGACACAACCAACCCAAACACAGCCUCUACUUUUCCUAACAAUCAUCAGGAAGUUGAAGUGAAUCUUGUCAUUACAGAUUACUGUAUGCCAGGCAUGACGGGCUAUGAUUUGCUCAAGAAAAUCAAGGAAUCUUCAUCUCUAAAAAACAUACCAGUAGUUAUCAUGUCAUCCGAGAAUGUCCCUUCAAGGAUUAGUAGAUGUUUAGAAGAAGGUGCAGAAGAGUUUUUCUUGAAGCCAGUCAGGUUAUCUGAUUUGAAUAAACUUAGGCCCCAUAUGUUGAAAACCAAAAUCAAGGAUCAAAACAAAAAACAAGGGAAGCAAGAAGAGAAAGCAUCCUUUCAAUCACCGAAAGAACAAGAACAAGAAGAAGAGCACCAGCAGCAAUUAUUGCAACAAAAACAACAACAACAACAAUCCAGCAAUAACAAGAGAAAAGCCAUAGAGGAAGGGCUCUCACCUGAGAGAACAAGACUAAGAUACAAUGGCAUCACAACUGUGGUUUAAUUAUGUUGGGGAAAGUAUCUCAAAAAAAAAAAAAAAUGAUGUUGGGGAAAAAAUGUUAAUAGUUUCUUUUUUUUCUUUUAAAUGUAAUUCAUGUA